CAAAGAGUCGCUAGCGCGUACAUGAGCGUCCAAACCUUAACGUACUACACGCCAACCAAACGCCACCCGAUAAUAAAAACAGAGCGCCACACGAGCGGGCGCAACGAUGCUUCAGGUUCGCGCGUCCUCGGCCUUCCUCCCCUCCACCUCCUCCCCCUCCCCGCCAUCCUCGUCGCAGGCACCGGCGCCAGCGCCGUUCCGGCUCUCGGGGAAGAGCCAGCGGCGCGGCGGGCUGAUCGCGGUGCCGCAGGCGAGCCGCGUGGCUAGGCGGUCCGUGAUGGCAGCGGCGGGGGCAGCCGCAGCCGCCCCGGCGGCGGCCAAGCUCGAGGACGCCGACGCGCUCAUCGACUCUGUGGAGACCUUCAUCUUCGACUGCGACGGUGUGAUCUGGAAGGGCGACAAGCUGAUCGACGGCGUGCCGGAGACUCUCGACCUGCUCCGAUCAAAGGGCAAGCGGCUGGUGUUCGUGACCAACAACUCCACCAAGUCGAGGAAGCAGUACGGCAGGAAGUUCGAGACGCUGGGGCUGAGCGUCGACGAGGAAGAGAUCUUCGCUUCGUCUUUCGCAGCCGCCGCGUACCUGCAGUCCAUCGAUUUCCCCAAGGACAAGAAGGUGUAUGUCAUCGGAGAGGAAGGGAUUCUGAAGGAGCUAGAGUUGGCUGGAUUUCAGUACCUCGGUGGGCCCACAGACGGAGACAAGAAGAUAGAGCUCAAGCCUGGUCUCUACAUGGAGCACGACGAAGAUGUGGGAGCGGUCGUGGUGGGAUUUGAUCGCUACUUCAACUACUACAAAGUUCAGUACGGGACACUGUGCAUCCGUGAGAACCCAGGGUGCCUUUUCAUCGCAACAAACAGGGACGCCGUCACCCAUCUUACUGACGCCCAAGAAUGGGCAGGUGGCGGAGCAAUGGUCGGUGCACUUCUCGGUUCGACUAAGCAAGAACCGCUCGUGGUCGGGAAGCCAUCCACCUUCAUGAUGGACUACCUGGCAAAGAAGUUCGGAAUCACAACAUCCCAGAUAUGCAUGGUGGGGGACCGAUUGGAUACCGAUAUCCUGUUUGGUCAGAAUGGAGGCUGCAAGACUCUCCUCGUCCUCUCAGGCGUGACUUCCCUGCAGACGCUUCAGAGCCCCGACAACUCGAUCCAGCCAGAUUUCUACACGAAUCAGAUUUCAGAUUUUCUCACCCUCAAAGCAGCAACUGUCUGAAGAGCCCGCGUUCCAUUUGCACAGCAUGUCAGCAUCGGCCUUUUUUUAACGAAUAAGGAAAUACAAAGGACGGAUUUGUUUUUUUUCACUCUUGUGUAAUCAUGGGAUAUCUUUAUGUGCAACAUCAGCCAUGCAAAUAUCAUAAGGAUGCCAAGAAUUAAUC